AUUACAAAAUGUGAAUUACAGUUUGGUGGACCGGGUGCUGCUCAGUUGUCGGUCAAAAACCAGACAUUUGGACAGGCAACUGAAGUUGACGGAUUUAUGAAGUAUCCUGCAGAUGGUAUUCUCGGCUUGGCAUUUACUGAUCUGGCCGAUCAUCAUGUGGUACCACCAGUCAUUAACGCCAUUCAGCAGAAUCUUCUCGAUAAACCCAUUUUCACGGUUUGGAUGAAACACAGGGUAAGGUGA